UCAAAAAGGGAGAUAGAAAAAAGAUCAGAGGGCAGAGGGAGAAAGAGUUGGUGUGCGCGACUUUGAAUCGCCUCCCACCCAGCAGCAACACCACCACCACCACCACCACCACCACCACCCCCACCACCACGACCAAUAAUCGCACGAGGACUCAGCGGCCGAGAACGGUCGCCUAGAGUUGCAGUGCAGCACCAGCCAGUGCGCUCAAGACACCGAUCGCAACAACAGCAUCGCCCCGCUACGAAAAACGCGGCCCAGGCACUAGCCCAACAGCGUUACCCAAGUGCGUUAGUGUAUAGUUUCGUUGUUGUUGUUGUUGUAACCGACAGGGUUCGACGUGAGCGGCAGCAAUCAAGCGGCGCCGACCGAGCGAAAGGUGAGCGAAAGAAACUCCACUACCACCAGCAACGAUGAAGUUCUUACUAGUGACGGCUGUGAUAUGCAGUGCCCUGGCGCUGACGUUAGGUGUGCCGGUACCGGCGGCCAAACCGGAUCCCGCACCGGAACCGGCACCCCAACCAAAGACAGACAUCGAGCUGAUGAAGAUCCCACUCGACGGCGAUAAGGAGCUGGACGUUAUUACCCUAGUCAACUCGGACGAUCAGAAAAUCAACGAACGCAACAAACGCACCAUUGGCAUCCUGCGGGAGCUCUUCCCAACGAUCUCUCAGAUUCUGGACCAAAAGAUACAGAUGAUCACGUCCUACCUGUUCCGCACGAUCGGCCCGAUACUGUUGCGCAGCGGGCUCGGCCUGAGCGGCGGCACCGGCGGCGGGAACAACAAUGGUGGCUCCAGCUCGGGCGACGACGACGACGAUUUCGACUUCGACGACGACGACGACAGCGAGGACAGCGGCAAGGACAGCGGCAAGCCGAAGGUGAGCAUCUCCCUGCCGACCUUCCCGCCCUCGGACGAUACCGACGAUCAGGCGACGACCGGUGCACCCUCCCUGCGGCUCGGCGACGGCGACGACCGGAACGAGGUGCGCAAGCGGGCCACCGUCACUGCGGCGACCGCGACCGAGUCGGCCAACGACCGGAUCGACCUGCUGGCCGGACAGUUCGGCGAGGCGACGAGCACGGGCGAACCGGCGGCGGACGCAGCGCCGACGACAGCGGCACCGACCACGACCAGCGCCACCGAGUCCAAUCUGCAGAUCACGACUAACGAGAACGCCAACACGCUCGAGGGGCUCGAUCUGGCCGGCCUGAGCGACACGCUGAAUGCGAUCCGGGUAGCCCGCGCCACCGGCGAAGAGAAGGCGGCCUCGUCCAACGACCAGAACGCAGCCGAAUCGUCCGCCAACAGCUCCAGCCUGGACGAGCUGACGCUUGACUCCGAGGGUAACGAUGAAGAUCGCAACAAGAGAUUCCUGUCUUUCGGAGGUAGCAGCGGCGGCGGCGGUUCCGGCAACUUCCUGUUCGAUAUCAUCCGUCUUGUCUCGGGCAGCUCCGGCACGGAACAGAGCGACGAGAAGGCUCACUCCCCGGAUGACCACGACCUCGGCAAGGGAGACGGCUACACCGAGGGCAUUCCCGGACCGGUGACGCGCCUGUUCGUGCUGGCCAACCGUGGUCUCUCCAACCUGAUCCAGGAUCUGAUUCUGCCGAUGCUGUUCGAGGCGAGCAGUCCCGCCCUACCGACGCUGCCGCCCCUUGACAUCUCGGGCACAAUGACGGGCAUUUCGAAUGAAAUCACCAACGAUACGCAAGCGAUUGCGAACGAGCUGCAGAAGGAGGUCGCGGUGCUGAAAACGUUGGCAGCACCGAUCGACAUUGGACUGGCGCCCGGACUGCAAAGUCUGGUGUCGUCGGGCUUUGGUGUGAUUCCUCCGCCUGAGCAGCCAACGACACCGACGACCGUGUCGGAUGGCAAACCGGACAAACUCAAAGAGCAGAGCACACCGCCGCCCUCCCAACCAGACGAACCGGCGCCCUUCUCACUGACGUCUCUUUUUGGAUUCUAGUGCAUCGUUGAGUGUUUGAUUUGCUGAAAGCGAAGUGAGUCCCCGGUUCGGUGAGAUACUCGCUUCGCUUUGUUCUGUAUUUGAUGCUUGAUGUAUGGUGACUACAUCAGUUGCAGACGACAUUGCUACUACCAAUCACUACCAAUCGCAAAGUCCUAGGACGUACAAGCAGAGCCGGCCCAAGAUGGUGUACAGCUUCACGUAAGGCAUCAAGGGUUUGGUCAGGAACACACACCAACAUCGCAGGGGAGGAUGUACUAAGUAUAUUGUGUGUGUGUGUGUUGAUAGGAUUAACUUUCCGGCAAAGGAGCAAAACAGGAUAAUUUCUUAGAUAUUUUCAAUUCAUACACAUCAACCACCAUAUCACGAAGUGCGACGGCUCUAAGCAUGUAGGUUUUAGUGCGCCGCAUCAGUGCCUUUUGUAAAUAUUUGUCAAUUUUCAUCUCUUCAUUUUUCUGUUCUUCUCAUAUUCUAUUUCUCUUUUUUCCUACUUUCUUUCCACAUUUCUCUAUCCUUUUUUACCAUCAUUUUCCUUCACUGUGCUGUAACUGUUUUCCUAAGCUGUCUAUUUCUUCUGUUCUUUCUCUUUGCUCUUUCGACACAUUCGUUUGUUUAUACUUGGCAAAACACUUUCCUCGCUAGUAAUUUAUUCACUCUUCUGAGGUAAACAAAGCAUCUUCACUUGUUUUUCUUCUCGUUGUGAACUAUUUCCACCCUUUGGUUUCCUUUUUCUCACUCUAUCACUCUACUUCUACUGUUUUCUACUUUCAUUCCUUUAUCUCUAUAUGCUCUAAGCUCUAUGUCUUCUUCGAUCAUCCACAUUAAAUAAAAUGAAAUCAAAUUUACGGAAAUGUAUCAUACUAGGCGUUUGUUUGUGGAAUUGUAGGCAAGGAAUAAUGUAAUGAAUUUUUAUUUUAUUUUUAUUAUUAUUUUUUGGAUGAAGGUGACACUAUUAUUCAACUGAGAUUGUGUAGGGUUUUCCUUGGAAUCGUGUAUUUUUCUUUCUCUCACCUUGUUAGGUUACACUUAUUGCUCAAUAACGCUAAAGCAAAGGCUUCCAUUAGAAAUUCAGUCACAGGACGAGAAACAUCUACGCCACGCGCAGGUGGCGUGGAAAGUAUCUCUAGAUUACCUUUCUUUCAGUCCCUUUUAACGUCACCAGACUAGCCCUGUUCUAUUGUUUCUGCUAUUUGUUUUUGUCUAGCAAAUGCCUUCAGCCUUCUACGCGCUGCUAUUACGAUCUAGAAAAAUAAAGUGAUUAUUUUUUAUUACUGAACAAAAAAAAACACUAAGGAAGAAGGAAAGCAACAACUUUUGAAAAAAGCAUAACUAUCAAUACUAUAUUAUUUACGUAUGUAUGUUGUAAUGGCGGACAAUUUUUAGUUCUUAUGGAAAGGCGGAAAGAAGGAAGCGAACAAAUUAAAUAAAAAAUGAAAUUAUUUAAA